AUGCCAAUACUUAGCACCGAAGAGCAGGAGCUGAUCCAGAAGGACCGCGAGGCCAACCCUGGCUGUUUCUACUCCACUGCUUUAUCCCAGUCCUGCAGGUCGACGAACGGGGACAGCAAGUGCGAGAUCAUCAAGAAGAUUUUCCGCCAGUGUCCGAAUGCGCCCAAAGAGCUCAUUUCGAACCGGAAAGAGGUUGCGGAAGAUGAACAUGGCAGUGCCGGGAUGGGUGGGGACUUUUUCAAUCGAGAACGGAUGGACCCGCGCAUGGAAGGUGAACACGACUUUGGUGCAAUGUUUCAGCAACGUGGUGACGAUUUCGAGGCUCAAAUGAGUCCGUUUGCCUUUUUUCGACAAGAAAUGCUGCGUCCGUUUGAAGAGUUCUUUGGUGGUGGCUUGUUUGGCCGUGGUGACUUUAAUCCGUUUGAAGGUCUGGAUAGAGAGCUCGAGCGGAUGCCGAUGCAUCCGCCGUCACCUGUGCCUCACCGCCCGUCUCGACAGAUGCCCUCUAACCCUCCACAUUACUCGUUCCAGCCGUCUCAGGACAACGGCUCUACCGACUCGGAUGCCAAAGCACGUGCACAAGAGAGAGGCGAUAUGUUCGCUGGGUAUUCGGGCCGAGUGGACGAAAUUUAG